AUGUUCCGCAUCCUGCAGGUCAUACUUGUGUUGAGCCUAGCGCCAAACCUUGGAUUUGCAGCGGCCAGCACCAACGGUACAUGCUAUUAUCUUAACGGAGACGUUGCGUCCGACCAUGUUCCCUGCAAGAGCGGCGAUAACGUGGUCAAUUGUUGCGAUAGUCGAGCAGUCUGCCUGAGUAAUGGAAUGUGUCUCAUGCAGGGAAGCAUGGGACUCAGUCUUGGCCGUGGUUCCUGCAAUGACCCAAAUUGGAGCCCAGCAUGUUACGCGCCGUGUCGUGAUGCUUAUCGCGAGGGCGGCGUGCCAAUCUUCCCCGUUACUUGGAAUGAAGUGAAGACUCAGUACUGCUGUGGCAAGGUCGAAUUGAGUAAUGGCAAAACGACAUGUCGCUACGGGGACCCGUUUACAAUCGCAGAGGGAACCGUCAUUCCGGGAGUGGCAUACCUUUCCAACGUCACGUAUACCGGCUCAAUUGAGAAUACAACUACGUGCGACAAUUCAACAUCAUCUACCUUGAGAGGACCUUCGUCCUCGAAUCGAGGCUUUGCCAUUGGCGUUGGCGUCGGGGUCCCGCUUGGUGUGAUAGCUCUUCUUUCCCUCGCAUGGGCACUAUGGGAACGCCGCAAGUUUUCACAGAUGAAAGCCUCAACACCCAUGGAGGGAGCUUAUAUUGGACCCUAUCGCCCAGCCCAGCGUCCGGUUGAGUUAAGUGCGACGGGGUCUGGAGCUGCAGAGUUGGAUAGUCAGAGCGAGCCCAAGCAUAUAGACUUUAGAGCAGAGGAACCGAUCGAGAGUGAGAGGCAUGCUUAG